AAAAAUUUUAAUGUCGAUAUGACUUUUCAUGUGGAGGGAUAUCAUGACGUGUAUAAUGCAUCAGUUCUGGUUUGGAUUUCUUUUAUAUGUACUGAUGCAUUUGGAACCAGUGAUGGUUUCUACUGAUAGUGAAGAUGAAAAUUCUGGCCGGAGAUACCUGAAGAAAUUAGACAACACCUUAAGAACCCUCGCCGCAAAGCUAGAGAAAAACACGUGUCACCCAUUACCAUCUACCAUCAGAGAUUGCAAUACCAUGGACUUCAACGGAAGUUACAUCCAGGAAAACUGCCAACUAGAAGAGAGGGAUUGCUAUUCUUGGAAUAUUGCAUUCAUUGCAGGAGGGAAAAGAGUCAUGGUUUUCUUAGGGACUACUGAAGCUGAUUCCCUGGACACGAAUAGAAACUUCAAGAUUUCAUGCAUUGAAACAGAUACUCUAGCAUAUAUGAGGACAAAUGGUACAAGAGAAAAGGCCAAAGAACAAGAACCUAAAACGACGGAAUCCAUUUCUGAAGAAACAAAUAAUCUGACGACGAGAAGGAAAAAGAGUCAGCCUACUGAAAACCCAAUUCUGGAAACUGACAACGGCAAUGAAUCAGCUACGUUGUCUGAAAUUUCUUCAGACGGACAAGAAAUAGACGCUAAUACAGACGAAAUGUCAGAAGAGGGCUUCGUGCAAUGCUGGAAGAAAUUAAGGAGAUGUAGAAAAAGGUUGAGUCUAAAUAAUAACUGUGCACAAAAUAUUUACACAUCUGAAGACUCUCCAAAAUUUCCGGGAGCAGGUAUCCUGUUGAUUACACAUCUCCUGGCAGCUGCCAUUGGGUCUGGAAUUUUAUAUCUUGUUCUGAAAAAGAUUGGACGAUUAGUAAGUGAUAAAAAUAAAUCCGAGAGAAACAAAGGCUUUGAUAACUUCUGUAACAGCCAACAGGAAAAAACAACUCGAAUCACUAUCCCACACAUAACCCAUGACAACGAUGAAAACCCAUAUCAUGAAGUGGAAAGCGAAACGCCAACAAUUCAAUUUGAUAAUCGUACAAAAUCGAAUUCCUUUACGGGAAGUACUUCAUCACCUGGGCGGAAGCUCUCUAAACUACCGGAUAUUCCACGAGCACCUGAAAAAGUUGAAUAUGAAUACCUGAUUCCUCAUAUUAGAAAGGACAAGGAUGGUUUACAGACAGAUAAACAUGUGAAUUAUACAGAGUUAAAUCUAGAAGAUCAUGAAAAAGUGCUUUUAGCAGGGGAUAAUGUAGAUACAAAUUUUGAAAUCUUGGCCAACAGUCCAAAAGCUCUUUCCGCUACUGAUGACAAAACUGAUGAUUAUUUUGUUCUUGAGAAGAAAGUUACUGAUAUGGAUCUCAAGUGAGGUUUAUCAGGGGAUUUGUGACGGUUUAUCAUUUGAAAUGGAUGAAUAAUAUGCUAUCAUCCCAAUAAACACAAUAAUUCUAUGAUUUGAAUGCAUACAGAAAAGGAAAACAACAACAACAACAAAAUCAUUGUCAAUCUAAAUGUUUAUUUAGCUCAUAUUCAAAAUAGCUCAAUUUACAGUACAUUGAUCAUAUCUCACGUUUUUAGUUGCAAAUGACCUACAAAAUCAGUUCAAAUUUAUUGUGGAAUACUUGUAUAAUAUGAAUGAUGAACAAUAAGUUGGGAAUUAAUAAUUGAUA